GCGCAUGCGCGGGGCGGGCGAAGGCGGGAGCGCGCGGGAACCGCGGGCGGGCCGCAGGAAACAUGAAAGUCAUCACCUGUGAAAUCGUGUGGCAUAAUAAGGAGCCGGUUUACAGCUUGGACUUCCAGCAUGGAGCGGAUGGGAGGAUCAAUCGCCUGGCCUCGGCUGGGGUGGACACAGCCGUGAGGAUCUGGAAGGUGGAGAAAGGCCCGGAUGGCAAAGCCAUCGUGGAGUUCCUGUCCAACCUGGCGCGCCACACCAAGGCCGUGAACGUCGUGCGCUUCUCUCCCAGCGGGGACAUCCUGGCCUCAGGAGGGGACGAUGCUGUCAUUUUGCUGUGGAAGCUGAAUGACAGCAAAGAGUUGGAGCCGAUGGUUUUUCAGGAUGAAGAUGAAGCUCAGCUCAACAAGGAGAACUGGGCAGUCAUUAAAACUUUGAGAGGCCACUUGGAGGAUGUGUAUGAUAUUUGUUGGACCUCAGAUGGAAAUUACAUGGCAUCUGCUUCUGUGGAUAACACAGCAAUCAUGUGGGAUGUCAAUAAAGGACAGAAAGUUUCAAUAUUUAAUGAGCACAAGAGUUAUGUCCAAGGAGUAACCUGGGACCCUCUGGGCCAGUAUAUUGCAACACUGAGUUGUGACAGAGUCCUGCGAGUUUACAGCACCCAGACCAAGCGAGUGGCCUUCAAUGUCACCAAGAUGCCAUCAGGGUCAGGAGCUGAAGGAGAGGUGAGGAGCUUUCGGAUGUUUCACGAUGACAGCAUGAAGUCGUUCUUCCGCAGGCUCAGCUUCACUCCUGAUGGCUCCUAUCUGCUCACUCCAGCUGGCUGUGUGGAAUCAGGAGAGAACGUUACAAACACCACUUAUGUUUUCUCCAGAAACAAUCUCAAAAGGCCCGUGGGUCACCUGCCCUGUCCUGGCAAGGGCACCCUGGCUGUUCGCUGCUGUCCUGUGUACUUUGAGCUGAGAGGAGCCUCUGCUAAAGAUGAAAUCAGUCCCAAAUCCCCCCCUGCCCUGUUCAACCUCCCCUAUCGAUUGGUCUUUGCUGUUGCUUCAGAAGAUUCUGUGCUUUUUUAUGACACUGAGCAGUCCUUCCCCUUUGGUUAUGUCUCCAACAUCCAUUACCACACCCUGAGUGACAUUUCAUGGUCCAGUGAUGGAUCCUUCCUGGCCAUUUCCUCCACGGAUGGGUACUGCUCCUUCGUCACCUUCGAGGAGGAUGAGCUGGGAGUGCCCCUGAAGGAAAAGCCCCAAAUCCAUGUCAGGACUCCUGGAGCAGCAGCAGACAAGAAAGCCAAGAAGAGCCAAUCCCACAAAGUGAUUUCCCCAGGCUCCAGGCUGCCAGAGGGGACCCCUCCCAGCAAGGAUCCCCCACUGCAACCCCGAACCCCCAGCACUGCUGGGAAGGAGCUGCCUUCCACCCCUGUGGGCAUCAAAAGCACUUCAGUGCCAUCCCCUUCCACCCCUGUGGGCAUCAAAAGCACUCCAGUGCCAUCCUCAGAGGAGAGGAGGAGCAGCCAGAGCAGCAGAGCCCCCCAGCCCAGGAGGGUCACCCUCACCACUCUGCAGUCCUGUUUCAAAACCCCCAGGAGAAUAAACUUGAUUUCCUUGAAGGCAGACACCCCAGCCUCUGCAUAUCCAGACCCAGCCCCCAUCCCUCCUUCCUUAGAACAGGAACAUGAGAAGCCAUUGCCAUCUGAUGAGAGCCUCCAAGCUCCCCCAGCCCCGAAACGUGCCAGGACUGAGGAAUUGUCCCUUCCUGCACCUGCUGGAGACCAAACCAGCUGAGAGUCCAACAAAUAAAGGCUGAGCAGAUCCCUCACAGCCUGAAGGCAAAGCAGCCAUGUUUGAGUGCAUUUCUUUUUGCAAAAAUUCAAUCCUCAAUUCCCAGUCCAAGUUCCCUGUGCAGGUUUGAUGUAGGAACAUCUACAUUGCUGUGAAGAAACUGCCAGGAGAAGAGCCAGGGUUCAGGAAUGUGGUUCUGCAGCAGGAGAAAUAGUUGGGAAGUGACUUCAAGAAUAAGGAAAUCAGGGAAAUCUGGGGAUUAAACAUCCAUCCACUAAGCUGAGAGUCCCUUAAUCAUGUUUAGAAAGCAUUCUGUCUUCCAGGAACUGUCUGGCAGAAAGAAUUGAAUGCAUUCAUAAGAUUUGAUGUCGUUCAAGACUAAAAAAAAAGAGGAAAUUGUGUCAUUCCAGCCUUUUGGGUGAUUCCUGGUGUCAAAUGCUGCUGCCCAGGAGCUGUGGGGUGGAGCUGAUUCACUCAGAGCUCAGCAGCAAAGCUCAGGACUGGCACGUGGAAGCAGAAAUGGGAAGAUUUAACUGCAGGAAACAAGAAAGCAAAAGGAAGAAAUCCUCUGAAGAGCUGCUGGAAGAAUAAAGAGCAGAAAGUUCUUCUUGUUGAAUUUCUGGACUUCAAAAAGAAAUGCAGCUGUGAGAUUUUCCUGAGGCAGCAGGAUCUGAGUGUGUACAUUGAAAUUUCCCCUUUUCCCCAACUCCCUUAGCCAAUAAAACACAACCCAGUGGAUGGGAAACUUCUA